UGGUUCUAAUUAAAGUCCACACCUGCUCAACGCCUCACGGUACGCUCCACACAUUCGAAGCAGUGGUGGGGAGCCUGGUGGUAAGUAGUACAGUUCUCUUGUGAGCUAGGUAUGCUUGUUGUUCAUCCUGCAAGUUGCUGUGAUGUCUGCCUUGAUCCCUAUUCCAUCUCCUCAGAAACUGCUCAUUCUCCACAUGCAAUUGCCUGUGGCCACAUAUUCUGUCUCACAUGCCUUCGCUCCUUGCCCCUAAGUGCAUGUCCUCUCUGCCGCGAACCUUUCCGGCCAGAUCGUGUCAAGAAACUCUACCUCGCCAAUCCAUCCAAACAAGACGAUGCUGAACAAGAUGCUGAACAAGAUACUAACGAUGAUCGGCAUGCUGGCCUCCUUUUGCAUCAAGCUGUCAGAGUAGUCACCGAGGUGCAAGAAUGGCUGAAAUCUCAAUCGGGUAAUCCAAAUUCUCAUAUCCCACUACGAGCUGCGGUAGCCUCCCUUCAGCGAAUCAAAGAUCUUCAAGACCAGAUCGAGCGCGAAAAAGCAGAAUGUUGUCGCCUUCGUGACAAGCUUCGUACCUGCAAACUUUACGCAGAUCUCGACUCUAAAACAUCUCGCAUAGUUGAAGAAGGUCUGCUUUCUAGGAUUCAGAAAAUAGAGAAUGAACAUGCUCUAGAGGUGAUCAUUUGAUUGAGCGGCAUUCAUGUUUGACUUACGUUGCGUCCUCGUAGCUGUCACGAUUGCAUUCUCAGCUGGAAAUCCUUGUAAAAUCUCAGCCUCGAUGCUCUAACACCAACAAUCUCCUCAUCCCUCAGCCAAUUCAAUCUCCUCGUGCAGUGGAUUUGGAUACCCACAUACGAAGGGAACACAAUAGUGAGUCCCUGUCCUCUGUACUAUCGUACUUUACUC